UGAUAUCCUGCAGCAUACAAAAUUCCGGUUGCAUCAUUAAUUUGCAGUUCAGUUCCUUAGUCACAUUGCUAAUGGAUAAGAGCUUAUGUGAUAAUGACGGAACAUAAAGGCAGUUAGACAGGCGUAAAGUAGGAGAAAUAUUAAUUGUUCCCGCCCCCCGGACUUGCGCUAGGUCUCCACUGGCAGUUUGGACAUAGGUUUUUUUUUAUUUUGAAAUGGAUAAAAAAUCUGAGGCAUCAAAUGACAUUGUGUCGGUAGCCCCGCAAUCAAAUACCCAUUGGGUGUCUUUGGUAUGUGAUUGUGAGGUUGAAGAACAUGCUAGGGGUUCAAAAGAAUUUUUACACAGAGUAAAUGGCUGAAUUUGAGGAGUAAUCUGCAAUGUUUUGGCAGUUUUGGGGUCAUUGUGAGUUUUGGGUAAAAUUCGUGGGGCAUUGUGAGGUUUAGGACAGAUCUGGGGUGGUUUCUGGUAUAUUUGGGAGGAAUGGGGUCGGUUUUGGGAUUUUUUAUUUUUCGUGGGUGGAUUUUGGGAUUGGGUAUGAAUCUGGGGUGGGAUUUGUAGUAUAGGGAAAUUAGAGGGGUUGAAUUUGUCUUUUGUAAGAGUCUGGGUAUUUGAUUGAAGAUCUCCCCCAUUCUCGGAAACCCCAGCCGCCUCAACUUUAUUCUUCCUCACUUCUUCCUUGUUUCCCAUCGCAAAGCUGCCGCCGCCGUCGAUGCUCUUCGAUGGAUAGGCCCUUGUCGGAGAAGGCGUCGUCCAGACCCUUGUCGGAGAAGGCGUCGUCAUUUCACGGGAGGGACGCUGAGGACGACAUGCUUCCGAGGCUGGAGGCUGGAGGUAUGGCCGACAUGCUUCCGAGGCUGAGGACGGUGCCGGGCUUGCUGGCCGGCAGAAGAGGCGGCGGGAGUUCGGCAGCUCCACCGAGGACGGUGGAUAGGCGCUGUCCGUCGGUGCGUUUGCCCCGCACCUCAUCUGCUUCUUCCUCCUUUUCCACCGCAAAGCCGCCGACGCUCCUUCACCCUCUGAGAGCUCUAGCGUCGGCGCCGCCGGCUGCUGACUGAAUACUCCGAGAUGUCGAUUGGAAGGAGAAGUCGGUUGCUUAUAACCAGCAAAACCAGAUUCAGGAAUGUGUUGACAUGCUUGUUGCCUCCUCUGUUCAUCCUCACGAUGCUUGAAAUUUUCAUCAUCUUCUUCUUUGUCCCGAAGUUUAGCAGAUUCGCCGCUGGUUUUCUUCGGGUGGCUGAGCCUUCUCCGACCACGGGUUCCUUUUUCAAGCCUCAGUUGAUGCAAGCAUAUGUUGAAAAUGCAGCAAUUCUAUUUGAGAAAAAAUCCACCAGUGAUAAUGUUGUAGAUGAAAGAACAUCCAGUGGUUACGAGUUUAGGUUUCGUACUGGAGUUAGUUCCACAUCAGGAUUAUCUUCUGCAGGAAUUUCGUUAUUUCUUCAGGUACAACAACACCAUAUAUGUUCUUGAUUGAAUCAUUUUUACCAACUGACGACGAUCCAGUAGUGUCAUCAGUAAAAAUUUGAGGACCAAUACCCGCAAGCACAUUAUCCAAAGCAAUCGAAUAAUUUUUAUUCCUAAAAGCGCGUUGAUAUAGACCAAAGUAACGUCCAUGACACCUGUUACCAAUCUGUAGUUUGUCAUCUUUGUUAGAACCUGCAAACAUAUAACA